AUGUCUGACGAAGAAGUGCUCAAAAUUGUCACGGUUGGUGAUGGUGCUGUGGGUAAAACCUGUCUGCUCUACGCUUAUGCUAAAAACGAAUUUCCUCUUGAAUACGUGCCCACCGUUUUCGACAACUACAACACCAUGGUCGAAAUUAAUGACAAAGAAGUUAGCAUAGGACUUUGGGACACUGCUGGCCAGGAAGAUUAUGACAAACUACGUCCUCUAUCAUAUCCUGGAACUCACUGCUUUAUUGUUUGUUUUUCUGUUAUUAAUCAAGCCUCAUACGAAAAUGUGGAAGCGAAAUGGUAUCCAGAAUUGCAAAAAAACUGUCCCGAUGCUCCUGUUAUUCUAUGUGGGACCAAAAUUGACUUGAGAAAAGAUCCAAACUUCAGUUCUCAAGCGAUUCCAGCUUCGAAGGGAAACGAGUUGGCUAAAAAGAUAGGAGCGGUCAAGUAUGUAGAAUGCAGCGCCAAGACUCGCGAAGGUUUAAUUGAAGUCUUCAACGAAGCAAUCAUUGCAGCUCUUUAUCCAGAGCAGAAGAAACCGCAAAAGAAACCUUGUCAAAUCCUAUAA